AUGUCUGGAUUAGCUGUCUGGGACGAGCAGCCAAGGAAGCUCAAUAUUGAUAUCUGCGUUGAGGCCAUGUUUCGCAAAGGGUCCAUGACUGUAUUCUGCAUCGUAACAGCAAGCCAAAGACCAGACAUCCGGCCGAUUAAGCCCUGGUCCCGUAUCGCCGCCAUCAUCUUCUCCCCGCUAUCAUUGGGACGUCGACUGGUAUGUGUGAGACUCUUCACCAAGUCCUGCCCUUCGCUUCUGCACACGCAUGAUACUCGACCCACUUCCACACGCUGCAUCUGUUGCAGCCCGGCCGCAGAUUUUGGAGCAAACAACAGCAAGGUGUUGGCUAUGGCGAUAGGACAGGCGCUCCCAAUGCGGUUUCCUUGUUGGUGCAAGGCCGUGUACUCAUGGGGUGGUGAGACCAAGCGUGACUUGGGAUUUAUAGAGGGAGAUUUGAUUGAAGUCCUCAACGCCGGCGAUGGCUCCUGGUGGAUGGGCAGAUUGAAGCGUGAUAGGCGCAUGGUUGGCUUGUUCCCUUCCAACUUUGUCGAGCUACUCAGUGAAGACUAUCAGCCAUGGGCGCGUCAAGGCAGUGGAAGCAGCAUGGCACGGCAAAACAGUGCGCAAGAGCAGACCAAGCCAGCACCGCAGAAGACGAAGAGCACGUUUAGAAAGCCAUUCACAGCUUACGCGGCUGCAGGCGCGCCGAAUCCAGCUGCAGCGGCGCGUGAAAGGCUAAAGGCAGGCGGACUCGCAUCCCCGCAUGGCAGCGGCAAGAAGACACCGUACUCGUCGAUGAAGAGAUCCUCAACUGAAAGUCGCGAAUCCACGUCUCCUGCUCCCGCACGAGGGCCUUCCAACCUACGCGCUGUAUCGCCACGACCUCCUACCAAGAGACGGCCGAUAGCCCGAGCAGCCUCACCAGCUCCACCGUCACGACAUGAAUCGAAUAGUCGAGCGCGUAUACCUGCACCUCCGCACCAGCAGCAGCAACAUCAGCAACAUCAUCGGCCAUACUCAAGAGCCGUCUCGCCAGCGCCACCACCCGCCCAAUACCAAUACCAGCCGCGUGCCAUUUCACCCGCGCCUCCACAACAGUAUCAAUACUCUCCAGCGCCUUCGCCUGCGCCUCCUGCUAGCCGCCAAAGUUCAUAUAGGGCAGUCUCUCCAGCGCCGCCGCUGCAUCAUCAAAACUCCUACCGGGCCGUGUCACCUGCACCACCAUUACAUCACCAGAGUUCAUACAGGGCAAUAUCACCUGCGCCUCCCCUGAGUCAUCAGAGCUCGUACAGAGCAGUAUCGCCUGCGCCUCCCCUGAGCCAUCAGAGCUCCUACAGAGCAGUUUCACCGGCGCCCCCGCUAAGCCAUCAGAAUUCAUACAGGGCAGUGUCGCCUGCACCGCCGCUACAUCACCAGAACUCGUACCGCGCACUCUCUCCAGCACCACCGACACACGACCAACAUCAGUAUUCCAGAUCACCCUCUCCGGCUCCGUCGUUCCAGUAUCGCGCGUAUGAUAGAGGCCCAUCGCCAUGUCCAUCGUUUGCAGAACGUUCGCGUGCAGCUUCCCCAGCUCCCUCCUUUCAAUAUCGAGCGUAUGAUCGGGGCCCGUCGCCAUCUCCAUACCAACAUCAAAUCGAUCACAGCCGGGGCCCAUCACCUGCGCCUCUCCAGGACGAGUUCGAAGAAACGGUGGAUUCGCCUCCACCACCCCCGCCACCGCAUCGCGUAGCAUAUGAUGCCAGUAGAGGGCCAUCGCCUGCUCCUCCCCAACAACAAAAUGGCUACAUCACUCCUGAGCCACCCUCGCCUGAUCCCAGAUCUCGUGGAGGCCAUUUUACGCCAUCUCCCCUGACGAAUGCCAUGAAUGAUGUCAUGUCCUCGCUGCAAGAUAUGACCAUGUCACGAAGCAACGAAUCGCCUGCCGGUUCCGCGACACCCUCGGUACCCUGGUCGCCAGACGCCUUUGAUGAAGUGUACCAGGCAUCUGCGAAGAAGGUCCGGGCGCAAUCGGCAAUGUCGCAAAUGACACCCAAUGAAGAUGACGACGAAGACGUUCCAGAUGUUAAUAAUAAUUAUGUAAAGCGCAUGGAGAGUCGUUUGAGACGAAUGAAGGAGUUGGAAGACGCGAGAAAUGAAGAACAGGCCAUGUCGAGCCCUCCACCUCCGGUACCUCUGAAGAAUUCGUCAACCCAUCGGCCGGGAUCUUCGGUGGGAGAACUGGCCGCUGAUUUGGACAGAAAGGCUUCCAAAACACUCCGGCAUCGUAAAUCCGCGUAUGACGUUGGACGCGCCCUGGGACGCACUUUUACCAGCAAAACGAAUUCAACUACGACAACGCACACCAGUGCUAGUACCAAUCGCAGCUUAAUGUCUGGACACUCUGCUACCAACAUGAGUGCUACCAGCGCGGGUAGCUACUACCGCAAGAAGUUUGGCAAAGACAGGCCCAAGAGUAUCAUGGAGGCGAAAGAGCCAGCAGCCAAAGGUUAUGGAUUCGAUGACGGAAGACCAGAGACGCCAUUUACGGGAGUAACUUAUCACUCUAGCCACGCCUCACAAUCUCAAUCUAGGCCCACUUCCAGCGAUCAAUUGCAGGCUGGCAGCACUCCAGCGACUGAAGGGAGCGAUCCGCUCGGCGGCCUUCAACAGCCGAAAGCAAGGCGCAGCGGUUUCUUCCGGAAGAUGAUUGAUACAGCCAAAACUCAGGCAGCUAAUGCUCGGAGUACGAUAGCCGCGGGAACAAUAAGCAGGCCAGGCUCGCGCGCUGCAAGUCGAGCUGCGAGCCGUGCAGCCAGUCGUGCAGCCAGUCGCAUGGAUACGGAUGGUCCAACAGGAAUCGCAGGAGGAACGGCAGUGCGGCCAGCAAGUUCGAUGAGGGAUAUGGGUGUUGGGUCCAACGAUUGGGUGCAAGUCCGUCGCGACGUCAAUCGAUCCAAUUCACUGAGUAAGAAUGAACGGUCAGAACGGGCCGAACGGUGUCAAAUGAUGGACUUGCCCGUGCUGAAUCCAGUGGAGAUGCUCUACGAGUCCGCCGAGGGUGAUGAGGGGCUCGAUGGACUUCCCAUCACAGAACCCACUGACUUUACGGCUAUUAAUCUUGCGCAUGUGGACAAAAGUUCGCGCUUUAUCAACGCCAUUCCGCUUGGAACCACCCCAGCAACAUUGGCCCAAGGCUACGUAUGCAGGCCAUACCGCAGCGAUAUCCAACGUCUUAGAGCCAUCUUCACCUGGGUCAGCGAACGUAUCUCCUGGGAAGAAGACUUUGAGGGCGAGAUGGACCCCCGACAUGUCCUCCAAAGCAAGCGCGGGUGCUCCGAGGAAAUCGCCAUGGUCGUCGCCGAAAUGUGCGCUUCUGUUGGUCUUCAUGCUGAGGUGGUACGCGGUUAUCUCAAGACCCCAGGAGAACCACUGGAUCUGGAGAGCGUAGCUCAUCCGAACCAUUUUUGGAACGCCGUCAUUGUGGAAGGUGAAUGGCGCAUCUUGGACUGCUCUCUUGCUGGACCAACGCACCCUAAGCGUGUGCACUUUUCCACAGCCGGAUCCUCAGUCGCCGAGACGUGGUAUUUCCUCGCGCGUCCCAUGGAGAUUUGCUACUCGCACGUCCCACUUCUUCCAGAACAGCAGCAUAUCUGCCCGGCCCAACCUCAUGAGAUUCUUAUGGCUCUUCCAUGCGCAACUCCUACAUACUUCAAAUACUCCCUUCGCAUGGCCGAUUUCGACACAAGUAUGCUGAACCUAGAAAACCUGGAGAUGACACAUGUCUACAUCGAUGUCCCUGAGGAUGUUGAGUGCUACGCAGAAGUGGAGGCGAGGUCUUAUUCGCAAGAUCAGGAUGGCGACUACUUUGAGAGUGGCGAGUUUAUUAAGAAGAUAGCGCUGGCUCAGGCGGAGUGGUACAAGGGUCAGAAGCGGUACACUGUCAAAGCCCUUUUGCCUGGAGAUGGUGGUCAUGGGGUCCUUAAGAUUUAUGCUGGGCCCAAAGGACUUAUGCAUUCAAACAAGAACAACCCCCAUGCUCUUGCCAUAGGUCUUCCCAUGACACACACCGGCAGCAACCCGCCCUAUUCGUUCUUGACGCUACACCCAACGCCUCAUGCCCAGCGACACGAUUUAUACGUGGCGCAACCUCAAUGUGCAAACUUGGCCCUAAACAACACUUUUGUCUUCUGCGUCCGUCAGCACCCCUCUUCACUCACCAAGUUCCCAGAGCCAAGCCCGCCAAUCACCGGUCGAGCAUCACCAAACCCAUUCGCGCGCCCUGCCUCCGCCAUGAGCAUGCAGAGUAUAUCGGCAACCGGAUCCAACUAUACGAAUCCGUCAAACAGUUCGUCAGGAUCGACGCCAAGCAGUUCAAAGCCAGCGAAACUUGCAGUGCAAAGUCCCUCUGGCAAAAUCAUUCGUCUCACGAGGAAGAGCGAACACAUGACCAGCACCAAUGAAGCGGAUGGGACCGCAUGGGAGACAGUCAUCAAGAUUGGAGAAAGAGGCAUCUGGCGAGGCCUGGUGCUUGCUGAUCGAAGUGCAAGAUGGUGUGUGUUUGCUCAGUGGGAGUGCGCCUGA